UUACGUUCGAAGUGUCACACACUCUUGGUGUUGGUGUUGUCUAGUGAUUUGCUUGUUUCCAUAUUUUUGAAAAUUUCCGAAAAAAAGUGUUGGGCGUUGUGUUGUGCUUACGUUUAAUUAGAAAAUAUUUUUAAAUAAAACCACAAACAUGUUAGCAAUAAUAAAUAGAAUAUUAGACUGGUUCAAGAGCCUGUUUUGGAAAGAAGAAAUGGAGCUCACUCUGGUCGGGUUGCAGUACUCGGGAAAAACAACAUUUGUUAAUGUUAUCGCGUCUGGUCAAUUCAGUGAAGAUAUGAUACCCACAGUCGGUUUCAACAUGCGAAAAAUCACAAAAGGUAACGUAACAAUAAAAGUUUGGGACAUUGGCGGUCAGCCCAGAUUCCGAUCGAUGUGGGAACGAUAUUGUCGCGGAGUGAAUGCUAUAGUGUAUAUGGUUGAUGCAGCCGAUUUAGAUAAAAUGGAGGCGUCGAGGAAUGAACUACAUUCACUAUUGGAUAAGCCGCAGUUAAAUGGUAUUCCUGUAUUGGUUUUAGGAAAUAAGAGAGAUUUGCCUGGAGCUUUGGAUGAGACUGGUCUAAUUGAACGAAUGAAUUUAUCGAGUAUUCAAGAUAGAGAAAUCUGUUGUUAUAGCAUCUCAUGUAAGGCAAAAGAUAACAUCGAUAUUACACUGCAAUGGUUAAUUGCUCAUUCGAAAAGUCAAACUCAUUAAUAAAUUUAACAAGUUAAAACAUAACAAAGAAAUAAAAAUAAAAAACAAAAAGAAAAAGAAAACAAAAAAAAAAAUAUAAAAA